CAACAAGAGAUGCAAAAUGUUGUGUGGGAACAAAAACCCGUAGAUUAGACGAAUACAAAAAGUUGCUGUCCCGUUGCAUUGGACCAGCUGCAAAACUUGCAAUACACUAAUUGCUGGAUGGUUUCAUCUGGUGGAAGAUUAUGUGUGAUUUCAUUGCUGGGAUUUGAUGAUACUUCACUUGAACCGAACAACGUGUGCAAUCCAUGCUAAGGAUUUCAGUUUGGCAUGACGUCCUCCAUGAGAAACGGAUCUGAAGUGUAUUCACGAAGGCACAGAAGGGACAAUUUGCUACAGGAGAAAUAUAGGAACAAUAAUGGAUCUGAAGAAUUGGGACAAGGUGAUGAUGGUACUGUUCGCAAAAAGGGGACAAAAGGAAAUCAGAGAACAACUACAUGCGAAGACGAAGAAUUUGCAAAUGUGUCAACGUGGUAUCUCGUCGUCAUUGCGGUCGUUCGUCUGCUUGCCUGCGUGGGAUGGGGGUGGGGAAUCUUAUACGCGACAUAUCAUGUGUACAUGGCUGCGGAAAGGCAUCUCCCGUUUCAACGUGAACCCGAUAUAAAUCCUGGAAUAUUUUCCGAGCAAUUGGGCCGAGGUCGGGACAGUUCGGACUAUGAAUGGGUCACCUUUUCUCCAUUGUUAUGGACAAAGCUGAUUAUUGCUAAUUUGACGUAUCAACUACUGAAAUUGCUUUUUUCAAAUUACCAGCAGAUUAUACCAUGGAUUUCGCCUUGCUGUAGUAUUCUACUUUUCUGGAACACGGUUGGUUUUAUGCCAACCAUUCAUAUGAUGACAGUCCCUGUCAUUUAUUGGCAUGCGUUGCGAUUUCGUCAUAAAGCUUGGAUUUGGAUAAUUACAGUUGUUUUAAUUGUGCAUAUUUCUAGCCCAUUGGUCCAUGUGCUGUUCACGCUAGAUAACGGACAGAGUGAAAAUUGUCUUUAUAUUUUCAUCGUUGCAUCCGCAUGGAGUCUCUCUAGAGGAGUUAGUUUUUGCAUGGACGUUUGGGACAGACCUGACAACAACAAGCUUAGCGUCCAAUCUCUUUUCUAUUUUGAACAAUACGUGUUUUACCUGCCAUUGUCACAUUGUGGACCGCUGAUAACGUAUGAGCAUUUUGAGAACGAGAUAAUAUUUAAAAAAUUCAGGUCAAAAUUCACACACAAUUUCUUUGAGAUUGGGAAAAAGAUAUUUAAAUUAUUACUCACAACCGUUCUGAUUGAAUUAAUAUACCACUACCUAUACUUCCGAGCAGUUGCGCUUACUAUUUCAUUAAUCUCCAAACUAAACAUCUGGGCAAUUUGUGGUACAGUUUAUUGGCUAGGCCAAAUAUUCACUCUAAAAUAUAAAGUGCUUUACGGACUUCCGAGUAGCCUGGCUGAAUUCGAUGGACUGACAAUGUAUCCUUUAAUUAGUUGUCCAGCUUAUAUUCAUCGGUAUUCCGUCCUAUGGAAAGACUUUGAUCGAGGAUUAUACACCUUUAUGGUCAAAUACAUUUACUGCCCAUCUAUACAAAAAUUUAACUCAUUGGAUCCCAGUAAUAUUGUUCCCAGCGAUCUUAAGAAACUUGCAGCAUCUUUUAUCACAUUUUGCUAUGUUUUCAUAUGGCAUAGCACAAGCUUUGAUGUGCUUGUUUGGACAGCUUUUAACUUUCUUGGGAUUACAUUUGAGAGAUUUGGAAGUCUGAUCAAGAGGAAGAUGGAUCAUGCUCAGAAAUUAAGACCAAUUUCGUGGGAUUUCCUCAUUGAACCACUAAUCUGUGUGCCUUUGGCUGGGAUGUCCAUACUCAACAGUUCAAUAUUUUGUGGAACGUAUGACGCAGCAGAAGCAUUUUACAACAAACUUUCAUCGACCUGGACUGCUAGAUAUAACUACCACAUCGGGAUCUGCUUCUUCCUAUAUUGCUUCACACACGUUGGAGUAACUGUUCGAACUUGGGUCCCAUUUUCUAAAGCAAUAUCGAAGCGUCUCAUAUUUAAUCGUUGAAUAUUAUGCACAAUUAUAUUUUGUG